AAAAACUCUUACAGAGAAAUCCCGUUACCCUCUUGUCCGAACCGAAACCCUCUCAUUCCGCUCUCUCUCUUCUUUAGCUUUUAUCUCGUCAUGGUGGAAGUGGAAAUCGAUCGGGGCUUCUGGGGUCUUUGAGCAACCGUUCGAGGAGCGGAGGGGGAGAAGGAAGGAGAAGGGGGAAAGAUCGAUGAGCGGCUUGGAGGCCAUGAAUCUGGAAAAGGUGGAGUUUUCUAACGAGGGGAAGGGAGCCAUGUCCGCGGCCUCCUCCUGCUCGAUUUGCCUGGAGCUCGUGCUGAAUCAGGGGGAUAGAUCGACCGCCAGGCUCCAAUGCGGGCACGAAUUCCAUCUAGAUUGCAUUGGCUCAGCAUUUAAUGCAAAGGGGGCAAUGCAGUGCCCAAAUUGUCGGAAAGUUGAGAAAGGUCGAUGGCUUUAUGCAAAUGGACACUGCUCCUCUUCUGAAUUUGAUUUUGAUGGCUGGAUUACUGAAGACAUCUAUGAUCUUGGUUACUCCGAGCUGCCAUUUGGAAUUCAGUGGUGUCCUUUUCGUGGAUAUACUCAACUUGCAUCAUUGUUCGAGGAAGGAGAACCCCAGCCAAAUUCUUAUCGUGAGCUAAUGGGCAACCCAGCAUAUGGAGACCAUUCAAGUGCUUCAAGUAGUUCACAUGUGUGCCCGUACUUGGCCAUGCAUGGGUUUCCUCAUGCUGUGCAUGCUGCACCUUCAAGUUCUGCCGACUCCCUUCCUGAAAAUGGUCCAUUUCAUAGACAUCCAAGUAGCAUGGGAGGACAAUCAUCUGCUGAUAUGAUCAACUCCCACGGUUUUCCUGCAACAGAGCCACAAAACCCCAACUGGCAGCAACAGCAUUCCUUUACACUUCCUUUGUCAGGAAACAACGAUCAGUCUGCAUCUCAAUUUGGUUUAAGGUUAUCUAGAAAUGACACCAGCAGCCAGCAGAGAUUAGGAUCUUUUGUGCAUCCCCACCCCCUUAUGCAUGGUUCUAUUUCUCGCAGUGGGAACAAUUUACUCGGAUCACUAGGACCACCAGUUAUGGGGGAGGCCAGAGGUCAUACUCGUGGGCUUGGCAGUCACAUCUAUCAACAGUCUGUAUCUUCUUCAUCAGUGCGAUCUUCUCCCUUUGCUCCCAUUAGGAGAAUGAGGCCAAGGGGGGUGACUCUUAUUUCUUCAGUUGCAACUUCUUCCUCAGCUGAAAUUGGUGGUUUUUAUGGCUUCUCUGUAUCUGGAUCUGUAAGCAGGAACCAUCAAGAAGGUGAGAACAUCGGCAGACAUAUCGACCAGUUUUAUGGAUGGGGUCGAGAGGGUUUCACACCGCUACCCUGGAUUCCAGUUGAGGGUGAAUCUCAGUGGUGGAGUCCUUUCAAUCCUAAUCAGAAUCCUCAGCCAGGAAGCUUCACUCAAAGAACUGCUUCUGAAAGGGUCACGCAGAGCCGUCCUGAGAAUGGGUUUCAGCGCAUGACCCCUCGAAUGCCACCAUACAUGUGAGGAGUGCUACCGCUCGAGAUGUUUUAAGAUUGAACUUUGCUUCUUCUUUUUCUUUCUUUCUUUCUUUCUUUAUUUUUUGUAUAUCCUCAUAUUUCAUGACUGCUUGUUUUGGACAAGGAAACUGUGGAUGCGGUAGUUUCUGUAUGGGAUUUGGUGUUGUAGACGGUGGUGCUCCUGGAAUGUUUUUGAUGGUUUGAUCUUUCAUAGCCGUCUCUGGCUGUGGGCUGCGCUUUUUUAUUAA